AUGAAUUUGAGGGAGUUUUGGGUGGUUCAUGAGGAAUCAAAGGCCAGGGGUUUUGGGAGAGUCUUUAGAUCACCGACGUUGUUCGAGGACAUGUUCAAAUGUAUUCUUCUCUGCAAUUGGCAUUGGCCAAGGACUUUGAGCAUGGCUGCAGCACUCUGCGAGCUUCAGUUGGAACUGCCGUGCCCCUUCUCCAGUAUAUCAGUUGCCGAAGCUGAUAAUGCUCCUAAUUCAAGAAGUCACACUGCUAAGACUGAGCAUUUUACUCCAAAGACACCUGCAAGAAAAGAAUCAAAGAGAGAGCUUGGAGUGCACAAAGGUUCUACAAAGUUAGCAAAAAAAUUAGCAGAUGUUAAAGUAGAGACCGAAGGAGAUGCUGAGUCGAGUAUAGAUUGUGUUGAAAUGACAGACUGCCUGCAGAAAAAAGAGAAACUAUGUCCGAGCUUCCUUUCAUCGUAUAAAGAGAACUUCCACGAGCAAUGUGACUCUCAUCAGACUUCAAGUGAAAUAUAUCAAUUUGAUUCAUCCCCUGUUUUGAUCCUUGGUCCUCUGAAGGAACAGAACUUUACACAUACAAUAAGAUUGGAAAUUUUCCUAGCCCUAGAGAAUUAG